AUGGCAAACAAAUUUGUUAACUUUGUUGGUAAGGUGAAGCCCGUGAUAAUAAUGGUGAUAGUUCAAUUCAUAGUUGCAAUGGUAAAUAUUUUCUACAAGCUGGCUGUGAAUGAUGGGAUGAGCGUAAGAAUACUGAUAGCUUACAGAUUUAUAUUUGCCACAGCUUGUGUGGUUCCAUUUGCCUUGAUCUUUGAAAGGACAAACAGACCGAAGUUGACAUGGACGAUUGUGUUUCAGGGGACUUUAUGUGGGCUAUUUGGGUGUUCUCUCUCUCAGAAUUUAAUGAUCGAAAGCAUUACCUUAACAUCUGCAACAUUUGCUACUGCCAUGGUUAACCUCAUUCCUGCUCUCACAUUCAUAUUGACUGUCUUGUUCAGGUUGGAGAGUUUAGAAAUCAGAAAAAUGUCUGGAAUUGCCAAGGUGGUGGGAACUCUAGUGAGCUUAUCUGGAGGGAUGGUUCUCAUUUUUUACAAAGGAAGUGAAAUUAAAAUAUGGUCAACCCACAUCAAAAUCAUUCAAAACAAUACACAUCACAUACAACCUUCACAUAAUAGCGUCAAUAAUCAAAUUCUCGGCUCAUUAUUGGCCGUAGCUGGUUGUUUAUCCAUUGCAGUUUGGUACAUAAUUCAGACCAAGAUGGUUGCAAGAUACCCUUGCAAAUACUCUGGCACUGCAUUGACGUGCUUCACAGCAUCAAUUCAGGCAACAAUCUAUGCCCUUUUCACUGAGAGAGAUUUCAGCAAAUGGAAACUCGGUUGGAACAUCAGGCUUGUUGCUGCUGUCUACACGGGAGCUGUGGCUACUGGAUUAAUGUUCGCAGUAAUGGCCUGGUGUUUACGAAUAAAAGGACCAUUGUUUGUUUCAAGUUUCAACCCACUUGCACUUGUGUUUGUGGCUCUGGUUGGCUCUUUGAUCCUGGACGAGAAACUGCAAAUGGGAAGCGUUAUAGGAUCGGUGUUCAUAAUAAUAGGCUUGUAUGCCGCGAUGUGGGGAAAAAGCAAAGAGACGAAGAAGACGACCCAACAAGCAGCAGAUUUAUCGUCAAAAAGCUCCAGGUCGAAGGUGUCGGAAAGUCUGGAGAUUGUUAUUAUAAAUCAGCCUGGAGAUGAUGAUCAAGUCACUAGUUCUAGUUCUAGUGCAAUUUUUCCAUUGGAUCAUGAACCAUGGGUUGAUGAAUACUCUACAUCUAGUUUGAGGCGUCCAUAG